AUGUACGUUGUGUCUGCAGCCCCUCCCUGCAGACGAGCUCCUGAUCAUGUCUCAGUAUCAAGGAUUGCGUACUUCAAGAGGAAGUUUGUGGAUGAUGAGGAUGAGCCGCCCUUCAGCUUCAGGACUUACUGCCAGACUGUUGCUCCGGUGCUCGAGGAGCGCACCCACGUGCUGCGCCUCUCCCUGGAGAAGAUGCGCUUCAUCGACGACCCCGAGGCCUUCCUCCGGCGCUCCGUACUCGUGAACAACCUCCUCCGGCGCCUGCGGACCGAGAUCCUCCUCCAGAGCGCCGACUGGUGCUUCCCCCCAAACGCCGCCUUCACCCCCGGCCCCCCGGCCCCCAGCGCUAACCCCUCCCACCAGGCCCUCCACGGAGCAGUGCCCACCCGCAUCUGCUUAGCACCCCAAGCCGGACCUCCUUUCCGUAAGCGCUUCCGGGUGGUCCGUGCGGGGCAGGGGGAUCUACGCCCCGACUCCGCCCAGACGUGCUGCUGCAUCUACGCAGCGGCGGCGGCUGCAGGACACUACCUCCACCUGCCUUUCUCCAUGUACGACGCAGCACUCUCCACCUGCCCGUCUGCACCGCACUCCUCUUUCUUUCAGCUAGCUGGCCAUAGUAAGUUAGGGCUGACGGUGGCAAUAGAAGAGCAUGACGAUGAGGAUGAAGAGGAGGAGGAGGAAGAAGAGGAAAAUGAAGAUGAAGAAGAGGGGGAGGAAGAAGAAGAUGAUAGAAGAGAGGCAGGGACUUCCCUGGAUGUUGUUAAGGACAAGUCAAGCCAGAAAAGCAGGACUAAGACCUUGCUGGGUCACGCACAUAUAAGGACAGAGGAAGACCGCUGCAUGACAGAUAGGGAGGAAGAGGAGGAGGAAGAGCAGGAGAAAGAGGAGGAGGAAGAGGAGGAAGGGCAGGUUGUUCUUCAAAAAGUCAGCCUGUGGCACCGCAGGGCUCAUAGACACUGAUCUUGCUUUCUGAGAAUGUAAAUGUAACGAUGACGACAGCUGUCCUCAGAUGAAGAUACUUUCUCCUCAGACGAUGGAGGUGUGAGCUACCUACUAUAGUAAUGCCAAGUCAGCUUUAUUUGGAUGCGCUAAUACAGUGGUGCAUGUUUUUGUAGGCCGACCCGGAAGUUAGCAUCACAGGGGCUCCCUCAACAAAUAUCAAAUGUGAUUUUUCCAUUGGA